AUGGCUUCACCCGCAACUCAGACCGCUAAUGCCAUCGCGGCAAUUACCAAUCGUUCAAAUAUCGUUAUACCAGAAAUUGAUUUCACUCAACAUCAACUGGAGAAUGGUGACGUUGUCAGUACAACAGAAAGAGUAGUCAAAGAUGUACAAGCACCGGCAAUGUAUCUACCCACAGAAGAUCAAUUUUUCUCAAAACAAGAUAAAAGUAAACCUGAUAUCGCGUUUCUCAAAAAUCACUUUUAUAGAGAAGGCAGAUUAACGGAAGAACAAGCUUUAUAUAUCUUGGAGAAAGGUGGAGAAGUUUUACGGAAUGAACCUAAUCUGUUAGAGGUCGAUGCUCCUAUCACAGUUUGUGGUGAUAUCCACGGUCAAUACUAUGAUCUGAUGAAGCUUUUCGAAGUUGGAGGUAAUCCCGCUGAAACACGGUAUCUCUUCUUGGGUGAUUAUGUAGAUCGAGGAUACUUCUCUAUCGAGUGUGUGCUAUACCUUUGGUCAUUGAAAAUGUGGUACCCAGACACGCUUUUCCUUCUUCGAGGUAACCAUGAAUGUCGACAUUUGACUGAUUACUUUACUUUCAAGCUUGAAUGUAAACACAAAUACUCCGAAACAGUAUAUAAUGCAUGUAUGGAAAGCUUCUGUAACCUACCUUUGGCCGCUAUAAUGAACAAACAAUUCCUUUGUAUACAUGGUGGAUUAUCCCCUGAACUUCAUACCCUCGAUGAUCUUAGAGCGAUCAAUCGAUUCAGAGAACCUCCCACUUCGGGAUUGAUGUGUGACAUUCUCUGGGCGGAUCCAUUAGAAGACUUUGGUUCGGAAAAGACAAAUGACACUUUCUUACAUAACCAUGUGAGAGGUUGUAGUUACUUUUUCACGUAUAAUGCAGCGUGUCAAUUCUUAGAGAGAAACAACUUAUUAUCGAUCAUUCGAGCCCAUGAGGCUCAAGAUGCAGGCUACCGAAUGUACCGAAAAACCAAGACUACCGGUUUUCCUUCUGUCAUGACCAUUUUCUCGGCACCCAACUACCUUGAUGUGUACUCCAACAAAGCGGCUGUGCUGAAAUAUGAGUCUAACGUGAUGAAUAUCCGACAAUUCAACUGUACACCUCAUCCAUAUUGGUUACCCAACUUCAUGGAUGUGUUCACAUGGAGUUUGCCUUUCGUUGGAGAGAAGAUCACUGAUAUGCUCAUUGCUAUUCUGAACUGCUGUACUAAGGAAGAAUUGGAAGAAGAGGAGGAAGAAACCCCUAUGGCUAUCACUCCAGAGACACCAGAGGUUGAGGACUCUUCAGCGGAAAGGCGACGUAUCAUCAAGAACAAAAUCCUGGCUGUCGGAAGGAUGUCUCGUGUAUUCGCUUUAUUGCGAGAGGAGUCCGAAAGAGUAUCCGAGCUCAAAUCAAUAUCGGGAUCGAACACUCUACCUGCGGGUAUGUUAGCUUCUGGGGCCGAGGGAAUAAAGGAGGCUAUCCAAGGGUUCGAUGACGCACGAAAGAGUGAUAUCGAGAAUGAGAGAUUACCACCUGACAUCAUAGACCCUGAUGAAGAAAACCCUGCUUCGCCCAGUGGAACUACACCUCAUACACCUGAUGAAUCGACUUCACCUAUUAUGGAGUCAUCACCUUUCGGAAGCGGUGUCAGUAUACCAUCACCUUCAGCCCAAUCACCUGGAACACCCGGAACACCUUCAUCACCUGGAGGAGGAGGAGGUAUGACUUGGAGAAGAGGACAUAACAGACAAACUUCCUUGGGUACAACAAAAACUUCACCUUCAAACAGAAGAAGAUCAUUAGAAAAUACAAUGCACCUCAUAAGGGAUGUAGUAGAUGGUAAAGACGCGAAUGGAGAUGGUCAAUUGGAAAGAUUAGCUGAAGUUAUAGCUAGUCCAACGAGAGGUAAAGAGUAA